AGUUCGCAGCGUUUGAAUCGUUGGUUAGCCGGGUCCGGUUCGAAACUCCGUGCGAUAAGGAUAUAUAAUAUAGAAAGUGAAGUGUGCAAUAGUUAUAGCUGAAGACUAAAACGAUCUGUGGAGACUCUGUGAAGAUGUCCUCGAAAGUGAUUACCUCGUUAAUGGCCGAGAGCAUUCUGCUCUCGAAAGCGGCCCAAGUGAUCUCCGGAUACUCCCCGAUUACGGUUUUUUUGGUGGGAUCCAUCGUUAUAUUUCUGGUGGUCUACAAUAAGCGUAGAUCCCGAUUGGUGAAGCUCAUCGAGAAAAUCCCUGGACCAGCGGCAAUGCCCUUCUUGGGAAAUGCCAUCGAAAUGAAUGUGGAUCAUGACGAGCUCUUUAACCGCGUCAUCGGCAUGCAAAAGCUGUGGGGCACGCGUAUUGGAAUCAAUCGUGUUUGGCAGGGGACAGCACCACGAGUGCUUCUCUUCGAGCCCGAGACCGUGGAGCCCAUACUGAACAGCCAGAAGUUUGUGAACAAGAGCCACGACUACGACUAUCUGCAUCCUUGGUUGGGCGAGGGUCUCCUGACCAGCACAGAUCGCAAGUGGCACUCCCGCAGAAAGAUCCUCACGCCCGCCUUCCACUUCAAAAUCUUGGAUGACUUUAUUGACGUCUUCAACGAGCAGAGCGCGGUUUUGGCCAGAAAACUGGCGGUGGAAGUGGGCAGCGAGGCGUUCAACCUGUUCCCCUACGUCACGCUCUGCACAUUGGACAUUGUCUGUGAAACCGCCAUGGGUCGCAGAAUUUUCGCCCAGAGCAAUAGUGAAUCGGAGUAUGUGAAGGCGGUCUAUGGUAUUGGCUCGAUUGUGCAGAGUCGGCAGUCGAAGAUCUGGCUGCAGAGCGACCUUAUUUUCCGGCUAACUGCGGACUACAAAUUGCAUCAGAGCUACAUAAACACCCUGCAUGGAUUCUCCAAUAUGGUAAUCCGUGAACGUAAGGCCGAGUUGGCCAUUCUCCAGGAGAACAAUAACAACAAUAAUAAUAAUGCCACCGAUGCUUAUGACGAUCUGGGCAAGAAGAAGCGACUGGCUUUCCUCGAUCUCCUGAUCGAUGCCUCCAAAGAGGGAACGGUGCUAUCGAAUGAAGACAUUCGUGAGGAGGUGGACACUUUCAUGUUCGAGGGUCACGACACCACCUCUGCUGCAAUUUCCUGGACUCUGUUUUUGCUGGCUUGCCAUCCCGAAUAUCAGGAGCAAGUGGUGGAGGAACUGGAUGCCAUUUUCGGAGAUGACAAGGAGACGCCGGCCACCAUGAAGAAUCUGCUGGACAUGAGAUAUCUGGAGUGCUGCAUCAAGGACUCACUACGUCUUUUUCCCAGUGUGCCAAUGAUGGCGAGGAUGGUGGGCGAGGAUGUUAAUAUUGGCGGAAAAGUCGUGCCCGCUGGAACUCAGGCCAUCAUCAUGACCUAUGCCCUGCACCGCAAUCCGCGCAUCUUUCCCAAACCAGAGCAGUUCAAUCCGGACAACUUCCUGCCGGAAAACUGUGCCGGUCGCCACCCCUUCGCCUAUAUUCCAUUCAGCGCCGGACCGCGUAACUGCAUCGGUCAGAAGUUCGCCAUUCUAGAGGAGAAGGCUGUGAUUUCCACCGUGCUGAGGAAGUAUAAGUUCGAGGCAGUGGAUCGACGGGAGGAUCUCACGCUGCUGGGCGAACUCAUCCUGCGGCCCAAGGAUGGCCUAAGGGUUAAAAUUACGCCAAGGGAUUGAGGAGCUGAUUCCCAGAAAGCGGAACCUCCCCAAUUCGCUUCGAUCCAAAGGACAUUGUAAAUAAUUAGAUUUAACCGGACUCGUAGGACUAGAGAUUAGUUUAUGUUAAACUUUGUAACCGAUGCAAUAAUUUUUAGCUUAAGAAUAAACCUCAUCGAAUAAUGUGUUUAAGUCCAGA